AUGGGUUCGAAACUUGCAUUUGGUUGGGCUUGCUUGUUAACAUCUUUGAUGGUAUUGGUUACCGGAGUUCGAGGCCAAAUCAAGUUUUUCAACGUGAUGAACUACGGCGCAGUUGCAGAUGGAGCAACCGAAAACAGUGAGGCAUUUCUGAAGGCAUGGAAGGAAGCAUGUGAAUGGAAGGGAUCGGAAAUGGCUAGGGUUUUGAUCCCGAAUGGAACAUACAUGGUGAGCUCAGUGAGGUUUGAGGGUCCAUGCAAGGGCCGGAUAGCCGUUGCGAUUAAAGGGGUUCUCAAGGCUCCUGCUAAUCCAUCCAAGUUCUCAACUGAUAGUUGGAUAAACUUUCGAUAUGCUGACCAUUUGACAGUCAGCGGUGGCGGCACCUUGGACGCCCAAGGAAAGGUAGCUUGGGCCUUCAAUGACUGCAACAAGAAUUCUAAUUGUCAUACCCUACCUACCACAAUAAGAUUUGAUUUUGUGACCAACUCUCGGAUUCAUCACUUGAGGUCCAUCGACAGUAAGAACAGCCAUGUCGUGGUAUUCGGUUGUGGGAAUGUGAAUAUCAGUCAUGUCAGAAUAUCCGCUCCGGCCGAUAGCCCCAACACCGAUGGGAUCAAAAUCGGAAGCUCCUACGACAUCACAAUCUCGCGUUCCACAAUCGGUACCGGCGAUGACUGUAUAGCCAUUCUGUCCGGAGCUAGAAACCUCUAUAUUUCUAAGGUUUUUUGUGGACCUGGGCAUGGAAUAAGCGUCGGGAGCCUCGGCAAAAACGACGGAGACAAUGUUAAUGGAGUUUUCGUAAGAAACUGCACCUUUCGCGGCACUUCUGAUGGAGUGAGAAUCAAAACAUGGGCUACUCCAUCCCUCGGUAAAGCUUCCAAUUUUAUAUUUGAAGACAUUUUCAUGAAUCAGGUCGCCAAUCCCAUCAUUAUUGAUCAAGAAUAUUGCCCCUACCCCCCUUGCGCUCAACAGCCCUCUCUUCUGCAAAUCAGCAAUGUGACAUACAGAAAUAUCUGGGGAAGUUCGAGUGCCAAAGUCGCAGUUACUCUCCGAUGCAGCGAAAGCAGGCCAUGCAAAAACGUAACGAUGGAGAAAAUCAAUUUGGCUUACGAUGGCCAAGACGGUCCUGCCAGCUCGUCGUGCUCUCAUGUCAAUGGCCUCUCGAUUGGGCAUCAAAGCCCUGGCCCUUGCAUAUAG